CUGCCGCCAAGAGAGGAGGAGGAGGAGGAGGAGGAGGAGGAGGAGGAGAGAAGUGAGGCUGGAGGAAGCAGAAAGAGAAGAGAAGGAGAGAGAGAGCUGGACCGACCUGAGGCUGCUGUCCUCUCGUCAGUGAUGCCCUGAAGACGCUCCACCGGCUGCUUCCUCUCUGCUCCUGAAAAACUUUCCGUCCGUUUCCACGAUGAGGAGAGACCGCCUCUUCCUGGCCGGGACCCUCACUGCCCUCUUCUCCGCCGACCUCUACUUCAUCCUGCUGCCCAAGCUGCGGGGCGCGGGCCGGACGGCGGGCCGCCCCUGCCCCUGCGGCCGGGGCGACGCGUCGCUGCCCGGGCUCGGCGGCCUCGCCACGCCGCGCCUGUCCAACUGGACCGCGCCCCCGCCGAGCGGGGCGGCGCCCGGGCCGACCGACGGCGGCUCCAAGCUGGAGCGGCUCUUCUCGCAUCCGCUGUACAACAUCGAGACGCCGGCGCUGAGGCCGGAGGAGAGGCUGCUGCAGGCGGAGCAGCUGAUCGAGUACUACAGGAAGAAGGUGUCCCGCUGGGAAAGACACAUGAAGAUGUACAGCGUGGCGGCGGCCGUGUCCAACGUCAGCGUGGCCCAGCACGACGUGACCUACGACCCCCAAGCCAGCUGGCUGAAGUUCCACCUGGGGAUCAGCCGCUACGCCCUGUACAGCCGGGACGACCCCGCCGUGCUGCAGCUGCUCCGGGACAUGCAGAGCAUGGCGGUGGUCAGCGCAGAUUACACUCAGGAUGAAAAAGCCCUGAAAGGAGCUUGUGACUGCACCCAAGUGGUGAAGCCCAGCGGACAUCACCUGAAACUGGCCCUGAAGAUGCGCAACUUCGCAAAAGCCAUGUUCAAACCCAUGAGGCAGCAGAGAGACGACCAGACUCCAGAGGACGUCUUCUACUUCGUUGACUUCCAGCGGCACAACGCAGAGAUCGCCGCCUUCCACCUGGACAGGGUCCUGGACUUCCGGAGGGUCCCGCCUGUGGCUGGCCGGCUGCUCAACAUCACAGAGGAAGUCCUGCAGGUCACCCUCAACGAAGACCUGCGCUCCGUCUUCUUCACCUCCCCAGCAAACAACACCUGCUUCUUCGCCAAGUGCCUGUACGUGUGCAAGACGGAGUACGCGGUGUGCGGCAGCCCCGACCUGCUGGAGGGCUCGCUGUCGGCCUACCUGCCCGGCCUCAGCAUCGCCCCGCGGGUCUCCAUCGCCAGCCCCUUCACGCGCUCCUACACCUUCGCCGGACGAGAGGAGUGGGAGGUCAACCCGUUUUACUGCGACACGCUGAAACAGAUGUACCCCUACAACUCUGGAAACAGGCUGCUCAACAUCAUAGACAUGUCCGUCUUCGACUUCCUCACAGGGAACAUGGACAGACACCACUAUGAGAUUUUCACCAGGUUUGGGGACGAAGGCUUCCUGCUGCACCUGGACAACGCCCGAGGGUUCGGGAAACACUCGCAUGACGAGAUGUCCAUCCUGGCGCCACUGACUCAGUGCUGCUUGAUCAAGCGCUCCACGCUGCUCAGGCUGCAGCUCCUGGCCCGGCCGGCGUUCCGGCUCAGCGACGUGAUGCGGGAGUCGCUGCAGGCCGACCCCCUGCGGCCCAUCCUGACCGAGCCCCACCUGCUGGCGCUGGACCGCCGGCUGCAGAAGGUGCUGCGCGCCGUGCAGCGCUGCGUCCGCCGGCUGGGCGAGGCCGAGGUGGUCACCCGGGAUUUCGUCAAGGUCACGGCCGGCCCUCAGACCGCCACAGCGCCGGGCCGGGCCAGGUAACGGGAGAGGAGACGCCGGCGCCGGCAGACUCACGUUUCAAGGAAGAAGCCAUUAAUUUAAAAAGCUGUGACAUCUUCAGAGGAGCUGGAGGAACCUGAGGCCUCGGGACCACAGGCCUGCAGCUUCGUCUUCUUCCUGCUGGAUGUUUCACCCGAGAACUUCUCCUCUAUCUGAGCACAUAAAUCUUAGGAUGUCACCGAACUUCAGCGGAUACUUGAAACCUUUGGCGUUCUGAAGAAACUCCAAAGAAAAAAAAAAAAAAACAAGAUGGGUGUCGGUGUGAUUAUGAAAUAAAACUAUUCUAAGUGCUGACGCUGCCGGUCUUUAAGUGAUGAACUAAAACACACAGGGAGGGCGUGAGUGAGACAGAAAAGUGCUACCUCCCAAACAGCCAUUAGGUCUGCUCCACCCCGCGCUCCAGACUCGUAAUCCUCCGUCUCAUCGGGGAGUUUUAGCAGCUUUACUGCUCGUCUGUCAGCUCCUAACAGGCCGAGACGGAAAACACUCCGAACCUGAAGCAACCAGCCGGUGAGCAGCGAACCAGAGGGCCGUGUUAAUCCUGAACCAAGUCCAGGAUUCAUUUAA